CCCUCCCUGCUGCUCCGUCUCAUUCUCUCUGUUACUACAUCCAUGCCUAUAUGAGAUAGAGAAUCUGCCAUUGCUGCUCUUACGGAAGCUAAACUUAGUAGUAAUGUGGUUCACGGUUCCACCAAAAUUUGGCUUGUUCAUGGGAUGAAUAUCUCCAUAAUUUGUUCCUAUUUCCUCCGAUUUGGUUGUCUUAUCUCCCCUUAGUCGUCGCUCAUUUGCUUCACCCUCUCUUUCUAUCUCUAUGUUUGUUUUUCUCCGCAUGGCCUAAAACAACUCUCCCUCCCUCCCCGUCUGUCUGUAUGUGUUCGCUGGACCUACGCACAAAAGAAUGUAGUUGGCUUUGAGUAGGACUUGAAGUUCAUAGUUUCGGGUUCCUCUGCUUCUCUUUCUUGAAGACGAUGCCUUCAUUUCAAUUAUCUCCCUCUCUCUCUGUGCAGGAAUUACGCACAAAAGAAUAUAUUUGGUUUUGAGGAGGAUUUGAAGUUCAUGGUUUGGGCAUACUCUGCUUCUCUUUUCUGAAGAAGGAUGCCCGUCAUUUCAGAACUACUCUCUCAGUCCCUCUCCCUCUCUCUCUUUUAGGCAGAAAAAAGUUGAUUGGAGAUGUUUAAACCCUAUUGUUGGGCCAUCUUUUCUUAGACCCUAGCUUUCUAGGGGAAAAGCUUCCACUUUCUACAAACUAGUUCAUUCUUGCCUUUCGCUUUUUCUCUCAUAUUCUUUUUGGCAGAUAGAUGCAUGUGGUUUAUCUGAGAGCAAUCUCUGUUGUCUCUGCAUGUCAUAAAACUGGUCCUUCGGAUUGAAUGGCUUUCACAUUUUCAGGCUUUCAAUGAAGGAAUCUGGGUAGCUCUUAAAGUGGUUUGUGUCUUUUGAAGGAUAACCUUUUGUUCAAUAUCUUCAAUUUUUCCCCUCUUAGUUGUCAAGAGAGAGAGAGAGAGAGGAGAAAAGGCCUUGGGGAGGUUUUGAAAUGGGUGAGAGGCCGGGAAAGAUGCUUUCAACUUUGACUGUGGCAGAGAAACCACGCUCUAAGCCUGCUGGUUGCGUUGGUAUAUUCUUUCAACUCUUUGACUGGAACAGGAGGUUUGCUCGGAAGAAGCUCUUUUCCAACAGAUUCCUUCUUGGAGCGAGACCCAAGAAGGCAUCCAAGAAGUUCGGCGACGACAAGCUUCCCAUGGCUAAGCUGCUUCUGAUUGCUGAUGAAAAUAGGGGUGGAUUUCCAGACACGAAAAAGUCAGCAGUCGAUGGCAGUUCUUCAAAAGUUGCUGAAAAUAUGCGUACUAGCGUCCGUUUUCCAGGCGCCAUCGGCCGGUUAAUGGGUUUGGAGACAAUGCCGACAAGAGGCUUCUCAGAACCUGCUUCACUGGAACCACAGAAGCUCCAAACACAGAGAAAGACAUCCGAUUCACUUUAUGAUGAUCAAUGCCCAAUAUCUGGAAAGAAACUGGUGGAGUGUAGACCUCAGAAGCUACAGAAAACAGGGAUCUUUGAGAGGCGGCCAGUUACCAAAUCGAAAAAGGAGCCUUUUCAAUUUAAAAGUGCAGUUUCCCGCUCAAGGAGGCAGCAUCAGAAGCUCAUCACUCCUGUUGAAAGCUCUGGCAUUCUUCAUGGUAGAAAUGCCGUGCGCUUAAUGGAAGCUGCUACCAAAAUUUUAGAACCUGGAUUGCUUGCCUCUAGCAGAACAAGAUGUGCUCUCCCUUGCUCUACGAAACCUCAAUUGGCAUGUGCAGAGAAGGCAGAUAGAGAAACGGGCUACAUGAGCAGUUUGAAUGAUGACUUUGAGUGUUUGAGGGAUUUUUUUAUUAUUGACGACCAAGAAUCUAUAGCCUUCUCUUCCUCUUAUUCAGAUGCUAAUAUAAGUCAUAAUGGAGGUUAUAGUGAGAAAAAGUCCUGCUCUUGGUUUCCUCCUGAGGAAGACAGUGGGAUUGCUAGAAAUUUGCAAAGUGGGAGGUCAGAUGUUCAGAAAAAUGAAGAGAAGCUCAAGCCCAAUGUCAAGAGAAUAGCAGAAAGCGUUGAGAUUAUGGGCACCGGGAGGCCUUUCGAUCAGAAAGAGCAUAAGCCGGACGUCCCAGAUAAGAAAGGUAACUCUCAGAAGCAUGGGCGAACAAAUGUUAAGGCCAGCUUAUCCCCUGAUUUACUUCCGCUGAACAGCAGGAAGCAGAAUCAGAUUUUCUGCAGCAAAUAUAGAACAUAUGAACAUGCCAAUAAAAACAGUAGGCGAUGUUCAUCUUGCGAGGCUUCAAAGGAGAGUGCUGCUUUCACCAGAAAUCUGAGCAGCUUGGCACGAAGCGGGUCAUGUGCAAAAGAAGUUAAAAACAAGUACUACAGCAUUGACAAAAGGGAUGAUCCAUUGUCAAAAGCGAAUGUUUUGCAUUGUAGAAAAAGACCUGUGGAGUGUGCUUCUCAAGCUGGAAUCAUGGGUUCUGCGGUGCAUCCAAAUGGAAGAAAGGGUAAACUCUCGAAUACUGGCAGCAGAAGUAAUGCUUCCAAAGAUCAUCCCUUGGCUCCAACCAGUCUCAGAACGCAGCGACCAAAACAUACGUGUUAUCAGCAUGGAUUUCCUGUUCAUGUGGGGUAUAUAGAUACUAAUGGUAGUGAUGAAAAUACAGUCUCCUUCACAUUCACGUCAUCUGUGAAGCCGCCACUACCUGUCUCUCCGAACCAGCAAGGUGGGAAGAACAGUCAAGCUGAGUUUAUUUGUGCUGCCUCCAAAUCAACCAACGAUCACUGUAGUAAGUCACGAAAUAGCUUUCAACAGAAGAAGAGAUGCUCCAAUGUAAAUACCAAAAAGCUGACAUCUCAGGAAUCAAAAGAACUGCAAGGAGACUCUUUAAGUGCUCUUUUAGAAAAGAAACUAAAAGAACUGACCUGCAGUGAUGGGAUUGAGUUGUCAAGGCUUUUGCCUGAAACUUGUUCCAUGAGGCAUUCUGAAGCUCCUCUAGAAUCUCCAACUGCUUUUUUGGUACUUCAAGACCUUACAUCUGCCUUGACUGCUAAGAGAUCUGCAUCUGAGGAACUGCAAAGGGCUACUUCUUUGGGGUAUCCUGAUGGCGAUAGUAUGCAUGUUGGUUAUCUUGCAGAAACUGAAUGCUCGUCAACUUCUGAUGGAAUGAUCGAGGCCCAAAGUCCUCAGGAGGUUGCGCAGGGAUUUGUUGGCAACAGAAAACCAUUUGCAGGAUCUCCAUGCGAAAAUAGAAAUGAUCAUGAGAGUUCAAUAAGAUCUGAUGGAAAAACCAAGUUUUCCAGAUUUCCAUUUCCAAAUGAUUGUGCUCAUCCAAGUCCUGUAUCAAUUCUUGAUGCAUCCUUCUCCAAUGAGAGUUGUGUUUCAUCAGAGAGCAAUGAUGGUUGUGGAGCUACUCACCUCCGCCUGUCCUUCACUGAUUGUUCCCCACGGAGACUGCAGCAAUAUGAUGCUGACAUGGAGCUGGUAGAUUCAGCAACCUCAUGGAAUAGCAGUAAUAUUGGAAGAGGCAGAAAAGAUAUCGACUGUCGUCAAAUAUGCAUUGCCGAUGAAGAAUCCUUUGGAAUUCUAUCAGAAGUUACGUCUGCAUCUUCUGAGGAGAUGGAGUUUUUCUAUGUUAUGAAAGUCUUAUCGAGUAUACAACUAACAUUUGAAAACAUCGCAUUGUUUGGUGCAGAUCCACCCCAAUUCUCAGACCCACUUUUGUUUCAAAAGUUAGAAACCAUGGUUUAUAAGCACUCAAAAUGUAAGUACAGCACAGUUUUUAUGAGAGCUGAUGGGUGUCACAUUAGAAGAUUUGUGUUCGACUGUGUGAUGGAAAACUUAGCUCUGAAAAUUGGUAGGUAUAGUAGAUCUAUUUACAGGGCAUUAGGAAAACUAUCCCUGUCACUAAGCCAAGAAAGACUAAGGAAGGAAGUUUAUGAGGAGGUCAGCAAGCAUAGAAAUUUGGCCGGUAGGGUUCUGGAUGAUAUUGUGGAGUGGGACAUGAACUCUCCACUGGGCAAAUGGACAGACUUUGAAAUCGAGGCUUUCGAGACAACACUAGAGAUUGAGAAGUACAUACUACAGACCAUGAUUGCUGAGUUUGCUCUUGAUCUUCUCCCUUGCAGGUUCAGUUCAUUGUGAAGUUCAUUGUUUAAGUCUGCUAUAUUGCGGUCACUAUUUCCACGCCUUUCUAGUCAAAGUUUUGCAUUUUCCGCAUGCAACAGGCGCAUUUUGUAGUUAUACUACUGAAACGCUCUGUAGAUCCUCUAUCCUGUACAAAUGCAUGGCAUUGGAAGUUUGACAAACGAAAUGCUUAUUGAGUUAGACGUUUCUGUGUGCAUGCGUGCAUUCAGACUUCUAUCUGUCUGGAAUGUGUCUGGAAUGAGGUUAAACUUUACCUGUGUAAUCUGAUGCGAGCCAUUUGUGUUCGGGGCACAAUCUCUUUUCAAUGUAAACCUGAAAUGAAGGUCAAAGGCAUGGAAUAAAGUAUAGAGUGUUCAAUCCUAAA